GGCAGUUUCCCUGAGGAAACGGGAAGGAAUGGAGGAUUCGGAAGUUUUUCUUUCCGCAGAUUGUACAAGCCAGCUGCCUUUUUGCUCGUUGAUAGACGAUCUUUCUGCUAAUCCUGGCUUUGCUAACUUCCUUAUGCAUCUGAAAAAUCAUAUCGAUUCUUCAGGGAUGAGCAUCGCUUUGGCCCAACCAUUGGAAGAGGCCAGGGAAAUGCUGCAGGCGCACCGUGCCAACUGGUUAAAGUCGGCAACCUUCCUUUGGUUUUUGCGGGAGAUUGUGCUGAAGCCGGGAGCCAAUCCCACCCUCCUGGAACAAAAUUUCUCAGAAACCCUGGACCAGCAGCUGCUAGUAAUGGAGCUUAAACGGACGCUCACUCUCUGUUUGCCCAAGCAAAAUGUCUGUCUGAAUAUCUUAGGCCUGGAAGCCCAGCAUUUAACCGAGUUUCUGCCUCCUCACCAGGACCUGGAAGAAAUGCAGAAAAAGCUCCCAGCCGAGGUGGGGAAGACUCUGAAGGCCAACUGUUUGGAAUUGCUCAGUUACUAUCAUCCCAACACUGGAGACAUUGGAGCUGCAACUCAGAUGAUUAUGUUUGGCAGCUUGGCGGAGCGUUUAGCCUUUGACAAGCAGCAACUGAAGGAGGCCAGAGCUCAGGAGGAACAGCUGAACGGGUGUCUGGACCAACAGAAACCAUUUUAUUCCCAGGUCUUGGGGCGUUGUUUGGGCCUCUUGAAACAAUUGGCCCAGGAGUUUCGCCUUGGUGCCCAGUCCAACCUGGACCAGGUCCUCAUCCAGUAUAUGGAGAUAAAAACCAAUGCUUUGUUGCUGAAGAUACGGGUCGAGAAAAUGAAGAUCCUGUUGGAAACUUACACACCUGAGAUAGUGAACGUGCAUCAGAUGGUCAGGGACGAACUGCAGGAAAGCUUGAGCAAGGAAGAAAUAGAUCUAGCCACUUUCCGCAAUGUCCUUUCGAAAUACGAGAUCCUAGGGCCGGAAUUUGAGAAGUUAGUAGAAGAAUACACCAAGUUGCAUGAAAUUAUUCAGAACCGCCGAUGGAUGCUGGCCGAACUGAACAAACACUGAAGGAGGCCGCGGCUCGCACAGUUCGUUUGUGGACAGUUGAAACGGUGCACAAUAAAUGUCUCACACAGUAAAAAUAGAAACGUCUGGAUUUCUUUCUUCUUGUUGCCCGCUCACAUCGCCACAACACAAAGACAUAAUUUUGAAAUUAUUGAGUUCUGACCCAGCUCCCCAAAUAUGACAAAAACCCUCUGAAGU